GGGCAGACGGGCGGCAUGGCCCGGAGCGGGGACUGCGCGGACGGGGCUCGCGCCCGGCAGCACGUGUUCCUCCUUCCAGAAUGUUUAAAAGAUGCUUCAAAGAAGAUGAAAAGUGGGCUUAUGUUUGUAAAAUUGGUUAAUCCAUGUUCAGGGGAAGGAGCCAUUUACUUGUUCAAUAUGUGUCUACAGCAGCUGUUUGAAAUAAAAGUUUUCAAGGAAAAACACCAUUCUUGGUUUAUAAAUCAGUCAGUUCAAUCAGGAGGUCUUCUCCACUUUGCCACACCCAUGGACCCUCUAUUUCUGCUUCUCCACUACCUUAUAAAGGCUGAUAAAGAGGGAAAGUUUCAGCCCCUAGAUCAAGUUGUGGUGGAUGACAUGUUUCCAAAUUGCAUCUUGUUGCUGAAACUUCCUGAACUUGAGAAGUUACUGCAACACGUGACAGAGGAAAGAGAAGUAAACAAAAAGAAAUAUUACAAGUUCAGCAAAGAGAAGACAUUAAAGUGGCUGGAAAAAAAGGUUAAUCAGACUAUGGCAGCAUUAAAAACCAAUAAUGUGAAUGUUGGUGCCCGAGUACAGUCAACUGCAUUUUUCUCUGGUGACCAAGUUUCCAGUGACAAGGAAGAGGAUUAUAUUCGUUAUGCCCAUGGUCUGAUAUCUGAUUACAUCUCUAAAGAAUUAAGUGAUGACUUAUCUAAAUAUUUAAAGCUUCCAGAACCUUCAGCUUCAUUGCCAAACCCUCCAUCAAAGGUGGCAGCACAAAGACAGAAAAGGGACAAGUGACAGCAGGUCUACGCAAGGCUUGGCUGCUUCUCAAUGUAACUUAAGACACUCCCAGAGGGCUAAGACUUUUUCUUCUGCACUUUCUAGAAAAUCACCAAAUGCCAAAAGAUGUAUUUUAAAGAACUCAUCACGAAUGCUUUAUUUCUUUGAUCAAUACCACUAGUCCAUUUGGGCCGCAGCAUUUCCCCCUGGAGGGUGAUUCUGUCAUGGAAAUUGAAAGCACCAGGGCAGGGUGUGAACCUGCUCAUAGUCUGAGGAAUUUAAGCCAUAUCAUCCAUCUGCCCCAAGCCUAUGCCCCACAAAGGUGUGCAUUUUAAAGUAUAGUCCUUCAGAUUUCAAAACACUGGGAGGAGAAGGCUCAUCAUGAAAUUCGUGUCAUUUGUUAAGCCUGACCACGUUGGUCUGUUCUGCUUUCCUGGGGUUGGGCGAGCUUGUUUUAGCUCUGUAUAUGGUGAGUUAAGUACUUGAUUCCACACUAAAAGCUUUUAUGAACCAAAUUUCUACCUUUACUUUAAGGAAAAAAAAAAAAAAGGAUGACCUUUCUUUACUCCUUAUCAAUUUGGCAGCUUCUAAUUCAUAACGAUACUUGAACAUGUGCAUUUUAUGAUCUGCUGGAGUUAUAGAGAUUGCUUCAUUUUUAAAAGAUCUGUCCAGUAUGUGUAUUAUUAUU